CACCCAGUAAAUAAUUUCAUUUUUCAGAGGGAAUAUCAAUUAAUACAGCAAGUUACAACUUUUCUGUUCAUCGAACAAAAAUAACUGCACACACGCUUGGAUAUUUGCACGUUUUUCUUUUCCAAACCCUCCAGAGCCCCUAUCUUACUUUCUUUAUCUUACUUUAUCUAACUUUCUCACCUGCCUCUUUCCCUUCACAAAAUAUCCUGAACACCUUGCUUGCAGUUUUCACUGUUACGUCAUGUCCGGGAUUGGGCUGUGGUUGAACCAACACCCUGUCGGUGGACAUGAAAGGUGUUUCCAGAAAGAGUUUGUAUACCAGAGUUUAGCCUAGUUUUGGUAUAGACUGAAACAUGCACUGUAUUCAGUCCUCAAGAAAGUUCUCUGAUCUCAUGGGUUUAGGAAGAAUAUGUUCACUCCACCUAACCCCUCCCAUGAUGUCUCAGAGCACCCCUCUCAGCCUUCCUGUCCACAGGAUGGUGUUGGGAAAGCCUGGAGACCAUGGUGGAGGUGGAAGCCAUUGUUUUCUGGGAAGAAACAAGACAAUGAGUAGUGACACCCAGGCUGGACCACGGGCAUUGUCCUGAAGACUGUCCCCUGUGUUCUGAACCUGCUUCAUCAAUGGCUUUGCAGCUUCUUGCCCAAUGGAUGCCUUUUAGUGAGGGGUCUCCCAAGAUACCUCAGAAGCUGGGGUUGGUGGUGAAAGAUCUACGUGGCGACAAGACCCUCCAGCAGGGUACUCUCUCUGGACACCAGACGGAGGUGCUGAUGUUCCCUCAUGCCCACUACGGUCUCAGAAGGCAGAAGAGAGACUGGGUUAUCCCUCCCAUCUCCAUCAGAGAGAAUGAAAAAGGCCCAUUCCCAAAAAUGGUGGCUCAGCUUUUCUUUCAUGCUGCGUCUUCGACUGGGAAUGCUGUGGAAGAGCCUACGGAGACUGUGAUCACAGUGGUAGGCCCGAAUGACAACAAGCCUGAAUUCACCCGGGUGGUCUUUGAGGCGUCUGUGAUGGAAAGAGCCCACCCAGGAACCUCCGUGAUGCAAAUCACAGCAACGGACGCAGAUGACCAUGAGAACACCUACAAUGCGGCCAUUGACCCCUCGGCCGACCUCAGCCAAGACCCCUCGGUGCCUCACCCCAACAUGCUCACCAUCAACCAGGACACAGGAAUCAUCGCUGUGCUCACUUCUGGGUUGGACCAACAAAUCGCUUCCGUAUACACCCUGACAAUUCAAGCUGCUGACCUCCAAGGUGAAGGCUUCAGUUCUACAGGGACAGCUGUGAUCACAGUCACCCACAGCAAUGCUAACCCUCCCGGCUUCAGCCCAACUUUGUACACGGGCCAGGUGUUUGAAAACAAGGUGGAUGCAGGGAUACUGAGACUGAAGGUGAAGAGAGAAGAUGCCCCAGGCUCUCCAGCAGGGAAGGCAGUGUUUUCCAUCCUGAAUGACAGAGCAGGCCUCUACACUGUCACCACGGACCCGGAGACCAACAAUGGCCUUUUGAAAACAGCCAAGGGCUUGGAUUUUGAGACCACGCAGCAGUACGUCCUUUACGUGACAGUGGUGGAUGCAGUGCCCUUGGCAUCUCUCUUCACCUCUAUGGCCACGGUCACCGUGGACGUGUUGGACGUGAAUGAGGCCCCUGUCUUUGUACCCCUGAUACAGAUGGUGGAAAUGCCCAAGGACAUCAGUGUGGGCCAGGAGAUCACAUCCUACAGGGCCCAGGACCCAGACAGCUUCCGCUCUCAGGAAAUCAGGUACCAGAUAGGGCACGAUCCCAGCCAUCAGCUGGACAUCAACUCAGAAACAGGCGUCAUUUCCACUCGAGCCAGUCUGCACGAGGACAGCAUGGAGAACCACACAUUUUCGGCUGUUGUCAUAGCUGUAGACAACGGCAGGGGCUUGGAUGUUUCAUCUUUGGGCCACAUCCCUCUGUUGAUGUGAUGCUCUGAUGCCCAGCUCCACGUUGCGGCUGAGCUUGCGUACAUUAUCUCAACACAUCUUUCCCAGAAGCUGACGAGGAGGGACUGUGUUCUCUUACCUGUUUUACUGAAAACACAGGAUUGAGAUUGCAAUGAAAACACAGGAUUGAGGAGUGAAAACGAUCCUCCCAGCAUCCCAGGGGGCAAGGACGGGCUUGAGCCAGGCUGUCCAGGCUUCCGAGCAAAAUCACUCAGGGGGUCCAGCCUGGCUGCUGUGUUACAGCAAAGGUGACCGUGGGCACAGCACCACCCACGCUGGGAAGAGAGUGGCAGGAUCUGCCUCCAGACACCCUAAGGGACAAAGUGCACACAUACAGGCCCAUGUCACACACACCUUCAACAAAUACCCAUUUGCACACUCACAUGUGCACAAUCACAUUCACAUAGAUCACAUUAAAACAGUCACUCAUGCACACUCCCACAGACUAACAUCCAUGCAGACUCACAAGCUCAUACGUGCACACGCACGCAUCAUACACAUUCACACGAAUUGUCACACUCACACACACACUCUCAUAAGACCCUGCUCAGGUCACGUUGCCUGUGGCCACCAGCACCUGGCAAACCGUACCCAUAAAUGGUGGUGCUAAGGGCCCAGUGAGUACUCAGGGCGCUGUGCAGAAGCUGCGUUUAAAUUUUUUUUUUAAUGUUUUAUUUGUUUUUGACAGAGAGAGAGAGAGACAGAGCAUGAGCGGGGGAGCAUCAGAGAGAGAGGGAGACACAGAAUCCGAAGCAGGCUCCAGGCUCUGAGCCAUCAGCACAGAGCCCGAUGCGGGGCUCAAACUCACAGGCUGCGAGAUCAUGACCUGAGCCGGAGUCAGACGCUCAACCGACUGAGCCACCCAGGCGCCCCGAAGCUGCGUUUAGAGUUAGAUUAGAGAGGAGAUAAACGGGCAACCUCCAGCCAUGGGGACCAGGACCCUUCUCCUCACUUUCUCUCACACAGACUGUCCAGUGGCAGACUCACAGUACCUUUCCAUCUGCCGGCGGGGACGAGAGCCUGAGGCUGUAAGUAUGGGCCACCAGGCCCUUUCGCCAAACGCUUGCCUUUCUAGGGUCCCCAUGGGUUGUCAAGAUGAGCUCCCAGGUGAGUAUCCAGCCUUGUCACCAGGAUCGGCAAGGCACCGUGCACAGCCAAUCAGACCGUGCACUGACUUGAUACAUAUAUGCCUCACACUGCAAGUGUUUUUAUCAUUUUUAAGUGUUUUCAAAUGUUAUAACUUUGAAUCCACAGAUGAGCCAUUUAAACAUUUACUAUGACAAUUUUCUGGUAGAUGAGGACCUUGAAGAUGAAGCACCUUAUUCUAAUUUGCCUAGAGGUGCCACAAGGGACCUUGUCACCUUCUCAUUAGGGAAGUUCCCAGUAUGCAAUGUCCCCAUGAUAAUCUUGGUUCUCAGAGAGGGCUGGCUGCCAGGAUGCCAGGCAGGGGCUGAGGGUCUCAAGUGACUUGUGAAAGGGGCAGGGGCCCUAGACACUGAAGUUCCCGUCUGGGUGGAGGCAGGAUGGGGAACGGGCCCUGGAGGGGCCCUGGAAGGAACUGCAACAACUCCCUUCCCCCCACCUUCUCUCCCGGCCACUAAGUUCUCUCUUGGGGCAAAGAGUGUCGGGUCUCUAGAAAGGGAGUUACAGGGCACACCCCACAAAGGCUUCAUUGUUGUUCUUGUCAGUUUACUUAUGGCAGUUGAGACGACUUAGAGAUUCUAAGAGUACAAAAAUAAAAGAUCUAAGAGCUCAAAGAAAGGUUAAAGAGCAAAAAUAAGUAACCCCAUCCACAGUUGCUUGUCCCAGAGUGGCCGCUGGUGUAAGUCUGCUGGUAGCAUACUAGAAAGUAUUCCAGGUCUUGGCCUCUCUGUGCCUCCUCUGUGAAAUGGGGUUAAUAAUACUUACAUCAUGAGGUAGCCGUGAGGAUUAAGUGAGCAAAGCUUUUAAUGUAGCUGAAGCUAUACACACAUUCAGAGCAGAAAGCUAUAGACGCCUCCCCCUGUUUACACCCCGUGUCAUGCCUUGCGGCUACUACUCCGGGACACUGUUACACGCAAAUGGACCUCAUUCUCUUUAAUGGGCUGCAGAGCAUGCCGGUCUGUUAACAGAGCUCAUUUAUUUAAUUGUCCCCAGUGGAGACAUCUGGUUGUUUCUCAUCCAUCGUACCCACGGGUGUUGGCAAAACAGGUGUGAGCCUCUCUUUGGGGUUAGCUCCUGUAAACAUAAUCCCAGCCAAACGUCAUGUGUGUUUAAAUCUCAAAUGGAUAUUUUUUUUUAU